AUGUUGUCUAAAAUUGUGCAAAAUCUUUUUAAUAAUGUUAAAACACUUCCAAGAGAUAAAUCAAUCCCUCCACCUUUACUUUUUGAUUUACUUAUAGCGGCCGAUGAACUUUGUCUUGGUAGAUUGAUUGAUCAUACGCAAAAACAACUUUGUGAUUCCUUGGAUUGUAUCAAUUUUUUCCUUGACAAUUUAGUCGGGAUUUAUAACCUUACAACACAAUUUCCACAUUUUCAAAUCCUCCAAAGACAUUUUACCAUGUUAAUUGAAAAUCAUCCAACGGAAAUAUUUAAUUCCCAUUAUUUUCUUGAACUACCCGAAGAGAUUCUCUUGUCAUGCUUAAGAAAUGAUAAUUUACAUCUUUAUGAAAUUGAGAUUUGGGAAAAAGUUUUAGAAUGGGGGAUUAAUCAAAUUCCAAGAAAGUUAAACAGGUUUAAGGUGGAAGAUUGGGAGGUUGAAGAUUUUAUCGAACUUGAAAUGAAAUUAAAGAAAUGCAUUCCAUUGAUAAGAUUUUAUCACAUUAAAUCGGGAAUUUUGUAUAAUGAUGUCAUUCCUUUUCAACCGAUUAUACCAGGUUUAUGUCCAGAAUUAUAUGAUAAUAAAGCAACCUUAUCAAAUACAUUAAAACUUUUAGAUAGUAUUGAUAAAUAUUUUGGAUAUUUCUGGUCAAGAAUUUAUGCAAGGAAACUUCAUGUUCCACGAUACUUGGAAGGUGUCACCAAACUUACAUACAUACCAGGUCACGAUGGGGAUAAUUACGUGAAAUUUGAUGAUUUGAUUCAAAAGUCAAUACUUAAACAAGCCUUUCUCAGUUCGAUGAUUGUUGAUUUCGCAUGGUUAUCCUCAAAGUUACCUAAUAAUCGGCAAAUUGUUUUGGCCAAAGACUGGAGAAAGGAAGAUAAUGAAUCGCAAGGAUUGAAUGGUAUCCCAAAUACAAAGUAUUUGAUCGUUCAUGCGCCUAAGGCUGAAAAUGGAUUCGGAUGUUUUCAUGCGAAAUUAAUGUUAUUGUUUUUCGAUAAAUGGAUGAGAGUUGUCAUUUCAUCCGGGAAUUUGGUUCCUCAAGACUGGGAACUUUGUGAAAAUGGGGUCUUUAUUCAAGAUUUUCUUGUUCGUGAUAAGUCUAAAGAAUUUAACGGUCUACAAGGAUUUGCUAGAGAUAUUAAUGAUUUCUUGGUAUCCAUGGGACUUAAAACGCAUAUCGUUAAUCUUCUUCCAGAAUACGAUUACUCAAAGUCAAAGGCAACUCUCAUUCCUUCAAUUCCUGGUAUUCAUAAAGGAAUGGAAAAUAUCAAAAGGUUUGGGCAUGGACGCAUAUGUAAGGCAGUUAAAGAAUUAUGCGGAAGUCGUGAAGAUGUUCAAUUAGAAUUUCAAAGUUCUUCGAUCGGCAGUCUUAAUAAACAAUACUUGGUUGAAUUUUACCAAUCCGCAAGGGGAUUGGAUCCUGUUUCAGCUCUAAGCCGUCCUCGACCAAAAAAAGGAGAAGUUGAUCCUUUGCCUCCAAUUACCGUAGUAUAUCCUUCUAGUAAAGUUGUUUACGAGUCAAAAUAUGAAUAUUCGGCGAAACUUGCAAUCGCGUCGACAAUAUGCCUUUCCGAAAAAGCAUACAACAAAGAUACAUUCCCCAAAGAAGUUUUAAGAAAUUGCAUUUCUAAACGGGAUGGAAAGUUGAUGCAUUCAAAGUUUGCAUUGGCUCAAUUUCGGGAAAAACCUAAUGACAUGCCAUUAAAUGUUGAGUCACAAGAGAAUGCAGGAGGAUGGUAUUAUUGCGGGAGUCAUAAUUUUUCCGAAUCGGCUUGGGGAAAAGUUACCACGUCGCGAGAAACAAAGGAAUUGCAAAUAAGAAUUAAUAAUUGGGAGUUGGGCGUUUUCUUUCCAAUUUACAGAAAAGAACAGGAGUAUCUUCCAAAUCAAGAUUACGACAAGAAAGAUUGGUUUAAUGAACAUUCUGUUCCCGUGCCUUAUAUUAGACCGCCACCUCGCUAUGCAGGAAAUGAAACGCCAAAGGUAACUUUAUAG